AAAAAUGACUUGGGACCAGUGGAAAAACUUUCUCUGCGUAAACAGCGGUUCAUGCAGUUUUCAUCCCUGGAGCAUGAGGGAGAAUAUUACAUGACACCCCGGGACUUCCUCUUUUCAGUAAUGUUUGAGCAAGUGGAGCGUAAAACACUAGUCAAGAAGCUGGCGAGAAAGGAUAUCGAGGAUGUACUGUCAGGAAUCCAAAAAGCACACUGUGGAUCAACUUUUUUUAGAGACCUGGGUGAUAAAGGGGUAAUUUCAUAUACAGAGUAUCUUUUCUUACUUACAAUCCUCACAAAACCUCACACUGGGUUCCAUGUUGCUUUUAAAAUGCUGGAUGCAGAUGGCAAUGAGAUGAUUGAAAGAAAGGAGUUCGUCAAGCUGCAGAAGAUCCUAAGUAAGCAAGAGGACUUCAAGACAGUGAAGAUUAGUGACACCGAAUCCCAGGAACCAGCAGUGAAAGAGCCUGGAAUUAACACGACCCUUCAAGUGCGUUUCUUUGGGAAAAGAGGAGAAAAGAAACUUCAUUAUAAAGAAUUUCGAAGAUUUAUGGAAAAUUUACAAACAGAAGUUCAAGAAAUGGAAUUCCUUCAAUUUUCUAAGGGUCUGAAUUUCAUGAGAAAGGAAGACUUUGCAGAGUGGCUCCUUUUCUUUACUAACACCGAGAAUAAAGACAUCUACUGGAAAAACGUGAGAGAAAAGUUGUCAGUUGGAGAGAGCAUUAGUUUGGAUGAGUUCAAGUCAUUUUGCCAUUUUACAACACAUUUGGAAGACUUUGCUAUCGCCAUGCAAAUGUUUAGCUUAGCUCAUCGUCCCGUGAGACUGGCGGAGUUUAAGAGAGCUGUGAAAGUAGCAACUGGACAGGAGCUCUCAAACAAUAUUCUGGACACUGUCUUCAAGAUCUUUGACUUGGAUGGCGACGAAUGCCUCAGCCACGAGGAGUUUCUCGGAGUAUUGAAAAACAGGAUGCAUCGAGGUUUAUGGGUGCCGCAGCAGCAGAGUGUGCAAGAAUACUGGAAAUGCGUAAAGAAGGAAAGCAUUAAGGGAGUCAAGGAGGCCUGGAAACAAGCUGCAAAGGGCCCUUUUUAAGGAAGAGAUGCGUAGCGAUUACAUUGCUUGAGGUGCCAGAAUCUGUGACGUUCUUUCAAAGAGUUAACUGUUUUUCUCUAAGUCUUCAUUGAGUUGCUUUGUAAUGUAAAGAUGCCAUGUACUCAUUUCCUGAGUCAGGAAAUGGGGGGGGGGGGGAGGUAAGUGUGUGCCACAGUGUGCAUGUGGAAGUCAGAGGCCAGCCUGGGGGAGCCAGUUCUCUCCUCCUACCGUGGGAGUCCCAGAGACUGAACUUGGGUCAUGAGCUUUGGUGUCAAGUGCCUUUUCUUGACAAGCCAUCUCACCAGCUCUGACUCAGUAAUUUCUUGGUAAAUUUUCAUUAAAGAAUAUAAUAAAAAGAACAGGAAGUAUUCCUUUACAAAAAACACACACUGCAUUAUCAGAGGCCUGUAUACAAAGUGACACUCUGGUAAGCUGGAGGCCAAGAUUGUCACCUAGCUUUUGGACAUGAGAAUGUGAAAUGCUUUCUAGAAGGCUAAGCAAGUGCCACCAGGGAAAGGGAGUUAAUUCUCAAGACAGGUCUGGAUGCCAGAAGCUGUCUGUGGCUUCCUAGGGAGUAAACGCAGUUAAAUACCUGCUCCAGUUUUUCUGCACUGUGUCCUGUCCUAUGUGACUGUUCCCUGCCUUGAAAAUAACAUGUGAAUGACAGUGCCUUGUCUGGAAGCAGGAUAAAGUAUUUACAUUGAUACAAGAAAAAUAGGCUUUCUUUUUAAAUUUUUCCUUGCCUUGAGAUAUAAAUACAGUACCCUCUCACAAGCACAUAGGUGUGGGGCCUCAGCCUGCAUAGGACAUAGCUGAGUACCACACUUUCCUAGUACACACACACACACACACACACACACACACACACACACACACACACAAAUGAUCAUAAGAUCCUGAUCUUGUAGGCAAGAUAUAUUGGGUUGUGGAAAGCAUUGGAUAUGGCACUAUAAAGUAGUUGGCAAUAAAAUAAAUAUGAAAUAUGCGCCAGGCAGUGGUGGUGCGUGCCUUUAAUCCCAGCACUUGGGAGGCAGAGGCAGGCUAGUCACUGUGAAUUUGAGGUCAGCCUGGUAUAUAGAACAAGUUCCAGGACAGACUCCAAAGCUAUAUAGAGAAACCCUAUCUUGAAAAACCAAAAAUAAAUAAGUUAAUUAAUAAGUAAUGAUGUUAUGUUUUGGGGAGAUGUACGUACAUGUUUAUGUUUGUACAGGUGGGCAUGUAUAUGUAUGUGGAAGCCCCUACUCCUAUAAGUAACCCCUCACUCAUGUUCUGACGUAACCCCAGUAAAUUCAUUAGUUCACCAAGCUAGACUUGGAUGAUACUA